AUGGAGCAACACCAGCGAAGCCAGCAGCGAUACGAGCGCCUCCUAAGGGAGCGAGCAGCCGCCUCCCUGAUGAGAGAGGCUGCCGGUGCCUUGGCACAUGUCUCGGGCCACGAGGCGACGUGCGGGGUCACCACCAUCCCACAGGGGGCUCCCCAGCCGGCGCACCAGGCUGCCGAUGCCAUGCCAGGUGCCGGAGCUCACUAUGAGGCGGCAGCACCAGCGCCAGCAGCUGCUGCGUCAUCAUCAGCAGGCAGGCAUCCGCAAUCCCAGCCGCUCGACCUGUCACGUCAGACAUCACAUCAAUGGAGACCAGCUGGAGCAUCUGGUGAAGGCGGUGCAACUGUCAGAGGUGCACCCCACGCUCACAGUGCUCCUGCUGUUGGAAGCUCUACUACGUAUGCACCAGCUGCCAUAGCAUUCACAGCUUAUGUACCAGUUGUUGGAUCCUCUGCUUUCUAUGCUCAAGCUACUGGAUUUCCUGCUACAUACUCUCAAGCUCCCAGAGCUUCUGCUAUGUAUGGUCAAGCUACAGGACUCUCCACUUCUCAAGCUCAACAAGCUGGGCACUCUGCUACGUAUGCUCAUAUCGCUGGACAGCCACCCACCUACAAGACAGCACAGAGGAAAGAACAUAAGAUGCAGCCGAUCUCCUUUGCUAUCCAUCAGUCUCCAGCUUCCAGCUCUUACUAUUACACUGACCCUCAGUCAACAUCUACACUGCGUCACGGUUACUAUGCACCACGGAUGGCGGCCAGUCCCAGUCACCAGUGCCCUCUCGUCACCUCCGGAUCUGGUGAGAGGAUUUAUCCUCAGGCGGGGUAUCCUCCAGCACCGUCCUCCGUUGCCAUGCCCAGCCAAUUCCAGACUGUCCCAUGCUACACAAUCGGUGGACCACAGGCUUAUCCUCCGACCAUAGUGUAUCAGCAGUACUGGCCAGCCACAAGCAAUCCUCAGCCAGCAUCGACUCAUGGCCACCAGCCAGAACCCUCUCGCCAAAAGCCAACAAAGAGGGCUGUCCCCUCCUCUGGUCGGUCCUCGCCUUUCCUGGAGCCUCGUUAUCACCGGCCAGUAACACCGAGCACUCCACCACCUCUGGUACAAGAGGGCGCAGUCUCAUCUGCAGGUCAGCCUCCGUCACACGAGCCUGUCGAAGCAACUUCUGAGGCUCACUCAAAUGCGAUGAAGUCAGAUCCUGUCAAGUCUGAAGUCAAACCUCUAGAAAUGAUAUCAGUGGAAGUGAAACAGGAAGACCAAGGAUUUGACAUACCAAUAAAGAAAGAACCAGACGAAGAAAUCAAAGACGUUAAUUUUGGGGAAGAUAAGGAAGGCGUCAAACCAACGACAGAAAUUAAUCCAGAGGCAAAUGUCGAACCAGUAGUGGGUGUUGAUCUGAAGGAAGACCCAUAUGGAGAAGUAGAAGAAGAUAUCGAUUUGGAGGAAUAUGAGACAGGGCAAGAGGAAGAUGCCAAAGCAGGAGAGGAGUCGAACUGUGCAGAUGGAGAGGAUGACCAGCCAGGUGAUGCAACAACAAGUCAACAGAGAGGCCUAGGAGUAGCGGAAUGUGGUGUACGGCUCGUGCUGUUCUUGGGGCAGGUGCCGCUGCCUCCCUCAGCCCCGUGGGCGACGGUGGGCGGCGCCGGUCCCCUCCGCGGACCUCGCCGCAACGCCUGCAGGCAGUGCGGUCGCGCCUCCAUUCGUGGCCUGCUCUGCUACAGCUGCUGCUGGAAGCCCACACCGGCAGAUGGACUCGCUGUGACAGCGUGUGAUCGCUUUCAGAGUCUGAUUUUCUUGCCCAGAGACUAUCUUCUUGUUGCAGUCCUUUUCAGCGACAAGCACCAGCGACUGUGGGAGGAACAGGAUGUGGCGUCGCCAGAGGAUCGGGAAGCGCUCGAGGAGCAGGAACCACAGCCGGCAGACAACGCGCAGAGAAGAGGCGAGUAG